UGUUUGACCAAAAUAAAAUAAACACAGUAAUAUCACGCACCUUGCACACCUGAUCAUUCCUCCCUCAAACCACUGAGCUCUCUUUGUGCGCUCCUUCUGAUUCUCAGACCUCCGUUUACACCAUCUUCCUCUUCACCCCAUUCAUUCAAUUGCUCGUCGCCGUUUUCUCCAUUGGCGAGUACGUCACGUGCCGGUUAUUGAUUCGGUAUAAUCGACAAACUAUUAUUGGGGUUUCAUCUGAUUCGUAUACGGUAGUAUUGUUGGGGUUUCACUGGAUUCUCUAGUGAAGCUCUUAGUCAAGUUCCGUUCUUCUUUCUUUUGCUUCAUUGUUUAAUCUCCAAUUGAAGAAAAAAACGAUAUUGAUAUUUGGUAUCAAAAUCAGAAUGCCUGAGGUUAGAAUCAUUGCCAAGAAUUUCAUGGACAUGGUGGCUUCAAUGCCUGCCAUGAAGCUUGAUAAACUCUACGAGAAUGGAUUCAUCUGCGAAGCUAUUCUCAGGUCACUUCCGCCUCUUGCGAAGAAAUAUGUCUUACAGCUGCUGCAUAUUGAUGGAGCAGUCUUAGCUAGAUUGUUUGCAGAAUGGGUGUUGCCAGAUGGACUUUCAAAGCACAAAGUUGCCAUUGAUAGAUUGGUUCAAUUGAGACUUUUCGUUGAAGCUCUUGAUAGCAGGAAGAACGAAAAAACUUACAAACUUAAUUCAACAUAUCAGAGAAGUCUCCAGCAACUUUUAGUACAUGGCGGAACUUUGCCGAGGGAAUCGAUGCCUUCUAAUAUUACUGUGAGGCUCCCGACCUUAGAGGAUCUUGAGACUUAUGCUCUGGAACAAUGGGAGUGUUUCUUGUUGCAACUUAUAAGCCCAAGUCAUGCUGACAAGACCUUAAAUAUAAGCUCUUCUUUGAUGAAAGUUUUCCAGCGGCGUCUCCUGAGUCAGAGAGACAGAGAAGCUCCAAAAUUAACUGAAAGUGGUUUCCAGUUUUUGCUUAUGGAUACAAAUGCACAGCUUUGGUACAUCAUCAGAGAAUAUAUAUCUAAUUCUGAGGAAAGAGGUGUUGAUGCAGGUGACUUGAUCUCAUUCAUGCUUGAGCUUAGUUUUCAUGUAAUUGGGGAGGCAUACAAUAUAAACACAUUGACUGAUUUCCAGAGGAACAUAAUUAAGGACCUAGCAGACCUUGGGCUGGUCAAACUUCAACAGGGCAGAAAAGAAAGUUGGUUUAUACCAACGAAAUUGGCAACAAAUCUUUCAGUGAGCUUUACCGAAUCAUCAUCAAGAAAGGAGGGAUUUGUUGUUGUGGAAACAAAUUUUAGAGUUUAUGCUUAUUCGACUUCAAAAUUACAUUGUGAGAUAUUGCGGCUAUUCUCAAGGGUAGAGUAUCAGCUUCCAAAUCUUAUUGUUGGAGCUAUUACAAAAGAAACUUUGUAUAACGCUUUUGACAAUGGCAUUACAGCAGACCAGAUAGUCAGUUUCCUUCGGCAGAAUGCCCAUCCUCGUGUUGCACAGAGGAUACCAGCUGUGCCGGACAAUGUCACAGAUCAGAUUAGGCUGUGGGAAUCAGAUAUAAACAGAGUUGAGAUGACAGAAGCAUAUUAUUAUGACGAGUUCCCAUCCAGGGAUGUAUUUGAAGGUGCGUGUGACUGUGCCAGAGAAUGGAAUGGUUUAUUAUGGGAAGAUUCAAAGAAGAUGCAUUUGGUGGUUAAGUCUGAGGUUCAUUCUUACGUGCGGGAUUUUUUACGCCGCCAAAAGUAGUUAGAAAGCCACACAAUCUGAUGCAUCUUAUGGUUGGGUCAAUAUGGAAGGGAAACUACAGGAAGCAAUGUGGUCACACAGUUGGACAAUCAUUCUUUUUCUCUUUCCAUGUUUCAUAUAUGUUGUUCCCCUUAGAAAAGAGUUUUAUUGUUGCUGUGAAACUUUUCAUAUUUUAAUAUAGAACUACAUAAUUAAAAGAAGUUUAUAGUUUUGUGGUCAA